UCUAUCUGGGAAUCAAGUGGAGUGAGUAAUGAACAACCUUCCAAACAUCAGGCAAAACAGUAAUGUCAAAAACUCCAAAUUCCUCCAUCCAUCGCCGUAUUUACAGCCCUAGAAUUACUAUUACAGACAGUCGAAGAUAAGUAAUCACCCACCUUCCCCAUGCGCUUUCAUCCAGAUUCGUUCAUUCUUUCGUUCUUAAUUCAAUCAUCAACCUUCCCUACUCCUCCUUCCACACCCUGUUCGUUUUCUUCUUUUCUUUUCACGUUGACUCGAUGACACCCACUGUUUUCUUUCUGGGUUUUCUAUUUUUAUCAAAUUUUCAUCUUACCCAUGUUCAAUCAGACGAACAAGGGUUCAUUUCCAUUGAUUUAUUUCAAAAGGGUAUCGAUUUUGGUAAGGAUUUAAUCAUAAAAAAAGGAGUUUCAAGCUUAACACCAUUGGAACUUCCCCAAAUUGAAAAGGCUGUGAAAAUCAAGCUUAUUGGUACUGUUCACUUAACUCUAUCUGAUAUCAAUCUAUAUAAGGUUGAUGUGUCUUCUUCAACUGUUCAACCUGGUGAAAAUGGAUUGGUUUUGAUUGUUUCUGGUGCAAAAGCGUCUCUUAGUAUGAACUGGGGAUAUAAGUAUGGUACUCUUAUAGUUAUUUCAGAUAAAGGAACAGCUUCUGUACAGGUUGAAAGUAUGGACAUUAGCCUUACACUAAAUGGGAAGAACCAAGAAGGAAACCUUAAUCUAUCUCUCACAGAUUGUGGAUGUAAAGUAAAUAACAUCUCUAUAAAGUUGGAUGGGGGAGCAUCUUGGCUCUACCAAAUAUUUGUGGAAGCUUUUGAAAAGAAAAUACGUUCAGCAAUUGAAGUUGCGAUCACGAAACAGAUUCAAAACAUAAUUACGGAUCUCAACCCUUUAUUGCAAACCAUUCCUAAAGAAAUUCGAGUGGAUAAGAUUUCUUCCAUCAAUGUUACUUUUGUCAAUGACCCUGUUUUAGACGGUUCUUCAAUAGGUGUUGCUAUUAAUGGUUUGCUGUCAGCAAUAAACAGAACAACAGGUUUCGACCAUCGUAUACAAAAUAUUCAAUCUUUGUCUUCUUGUGGUCGUCGUCCAGCCAAGAUGGGUGGGAUAUCUAUACAUCAAAACGUUCUCAACUCAGCAUCGGCGGUUUACUUCAAUGCAGGUGUUAUGCAUUUGGUUCUGGAUAAAUUACCCGAACAAUACUUGUUAAAUACAGCUGAAUGGAAAUACAUUAUUCCUCAGCUAUAUAAAAAAUACCCGAAUGCCGAUAUGAUUCUGAAUAUUUCCAUAUCUUCACCGCCAAUUCUAAGUGUUUCACACCAGAGUAUUGAUGCUACCAUUUAUGCUGACAUAACGGUUGGAAUCUUGGAUGCUGGUGAAAGGGUACCUGUUGCAUGCAUUUCAUCGCUAUCUACUAUUUCGUGUUAUCCAGACAUUUCAAGGGAUAACAUAACUGGAAGCAUCAAAUUGAAUGAUUUCAACAUGUUCUUGAAUUGGAGCAACAUUGGCGUUUUACAUAUGGAUCUUCUCCAGCCAUUUACAGAAACUCUUCUUAGAACAGUGGCAGUUCCAUAUUUGAACUUAAUAUUCUACUGGGGAUUGCCUUUACCAACCUUCAAGGGGUAUACGCUUAGCAAUGCUAAAUUCAGUUAUGUUGGCUCUUCGGUUCUUAUUUGUACAAACGUACAUCAAGUGAAGAAACGGAAAUACUAUCCUGUUGCCGAUCAAUAGAAGUAGUGUAUGAUGAAUUAUCUUCUCUUUUUUUUUUAUUCAUUUGUGAUGUGAGACCUUUUUGUUUGUUUGUUUUAGUCAAUUGUAUUAUUUGAUUUACAUUGUUGGGUUGGGGGAAUUCUGGCCAGAAAUCUGGACUUGUAUAUUAUUGUGUAUCAUGAUGCUUGUAUACAAAGUUGAGGGAAUAACUCAUUGAAAUUGAAGAAAAUAAAUUUA